AUGAGCUCGUCGUCGCCGCCUCGAUCGCAAGCACCCGCGCAAGCUCCCUCGGCCGGUCGCCGCAUCCUCUCCCGAUUCGCGUCUCCAUUGUUCUCGCAAAAGGGCCGUAGCAUUGCCGACUUCCACAUCAAGGCCCACGAUCCACACAAGCAGUACUCGCCUGGCGAGAGUGUCAAGGGCUGCGUCGUCGUCAAGGUCGUCAAGCCUGUUCGCGUCACCCACGUCUCGGUCUGUCUACACGGCUUCGCACAGGUCUACCGCACCCCCGGCGCGACGGCCGACCAGCUGCGCGGCAACACCAAUCGCAUUGGUCGCGCACAGGGAAGAGGCAAGAAGUCGGGCGAAUACUUUGGCAAUGGCUUCGCCUCGCUGUUCGAGGACGAGUCGGUGCUAUGCGGCGACGGUCGCCUGGACGAGGGCGUAUACCGCUUCGACUUUGAGGUCCAGUUCCCUGACGAUAUGGACCUCCCCAGCAGCAUCGACUUCGAACGAGGCACCAUUUCCUACAUGCUCACGGCCACCUUGACCCGCCCCACCACAAUCGCGCCUGUCAUGUCGCAUGACCAAAAAAUCUAUCUAGUCGAGCGCGUCGACAUUGCGCCCUUGCUACCACCAAAACCACGCACUAUCACACUUGAGCCUGUCACUAGAAAGAUCAAGCCACCGAAAGUUCCGUCAUCUCUACCGACGAGGACGCCAAACACACCAACCCAUGAGGCUGAGCCGCCUACACCCUCAGUCAGCGAGUUCAGUCUUGACAGCCGUGUGAGCAGCAGUCUCAGCGACACGCCGCACAAGCUCAUUACUGCAACCGUUGAGCUGCUUAAAGGCGCCUGCUUGCGAGGAGAUAGCUUCCCCGUGAGAAUCUCCAUCAACCAUACAAAACAUAUUAAAAGCAUCAACGGCAUUAUAAUCACCCUAUACCGCCAGGCCCGUGUCGACAUGCAUCCUGCUCUGCCUCUAGGUCCCGUGUCCGAUGGCCAGAAGCGAAAGUACGAAGACUAUUAUCCCAAGUCAAUAACUGGUCUCGGCGGCUUGUCCUUAUCGGGCGCUGGUUCUAGCCACACUUUCCGCAAAGAUCUGGCUCAGAUUCUGGUCCCUUUAUAUGUGGAUCCUGUUUCGUUGACAGCCGAGAUCAAUGCUAAAAUAGGCGUUCCCCAUGGUGCAUUCCCCACCAUUACUUCUGUGCCAGGAGCUAUGAUCUCUUUUCGAUAUUACAUUGAGAUUGUCUUGGACAUUCAGGGCAAGCUUACCCACGACAGAUAUCUGUCACAACACGGCAGUGGUCCCAACAGCCUGUUCAAUGGCCCCGAUGAUACUCCUUUCCUGAUGCUUAACGGUGCCGGUAUUCUCGACACUGCCCCUAUUCGUAGGGACAAAUCUGUCGCGACAUGUACUUUCGAAGUUGUCGUCGGAACGACUGACAGUGAACGAAAUAACAGAAAGGGAAAGGGCAAAGCAACCGAACCCCCGCCAUCGCCACACAACCUGGAAGAUAAUCCUGACAUGACACAAUAUGUUGUGGCACAACAGCAGGGGCACUCGACGGUAUCGAGUCAUGACUUCGAAGUUUAUCAGCAUUCUGGUCCUUACAGCUAUGAUUACGAUCCCAACACUUCUCUCGAUUACCAGUACGGCACCAGCUACGACUAUGGUGCGGAAGAUUAUCAGUGGGAUCCAGGCCAUGAUUAUCAGUAUGAUGGAUCUUACUAUCCUGCUUACCAUGAACCUCCUCCACUGGAGAAUGAGGAAUCUCUCCCUGAAAAGGAACGCUUACGUCGGGCAGAGGCACGAUUGAUGCCUAGUCAACCACCUUCUAUGCCUCCAGCAUCUGCAGGCGCGGAGCAAGCGACUGCUCCAAUACUGCCUCAAGAUGACUUUUACCAAGAUCAUGGGGCCGCCGUCGCGGGUUCAUCACGAUCUGCUGGAGCGUCCACGCAAACAACGCAUCAGGUACAUACCUCUGAGGAUGUCCACAAUACGACUGAGAACGGCAGUGCGCUGCCGCCAACAGACGACAAGCACGAGUUACAACGACGACAGCUGGCGCUUUCUGCAAGCGGGCCGCCACUAUCACCAAAUACUCACGAGGAGGAGAACACACAAUCUGGGCCAUCUGCGCCGUUAAUUAUAGAUGAUGAUUUGAACGAGUACGUACUUGGUGGCGAUGAAGUGACAGGAGGCGCAUCAGAGAAUCUGCCGCGAUACCAUCGAUAG